UCCAUCGAAACAGAUCACUUCUGUUUCUGUUCCUUUUCACACACCCACACGAAAGUCCGACUUCAAACUUCAGAUUCGCGAUUUAGGAUUGCAGGCGAGACAAAGGAGGGAACCUGAACCUGUCCCCAUGAGCGCCGCCGUCUGCGUGGUCGUCACGGUGCCCACCGAAGCGGAGGAGCUGAGGAUUAACCCAAAGCCAUUGGCCAGCACCCAAUGUUGCUCCAGUUGCGGUGGCUGCAUGAGGGGCAAGGACUCGGAAGUGUCCAGCUGCGAGGUGUGCGAGCGCUGUUGGCGAUUGGGUCAAAUAGCCGGGAGCAAUGGUUGUGAGGCCGUGCCGCCUGCGAUCCACACAGCCCCUGCUCCAAGGUACCUCAGCAGGGCUCUGCAGCUCCCUGACCUUAGGGAGGAUGCCUCCCUGGAGCAGCUGCUAAGGGCCAUAGCGGAGGAACUGCGACUGGAGGACGUCUUCUGGUCGCACGACGUCACGGGAAAGCAGCUCCAGGCCCGGUUUGACCUCCUGCAGGAUGAACGCUAUGAAAGACUGCUGUGCACCCUGCAGGACUGGGGCGUUGGGGAAAGACCUGGCACACAUGUUUCCGCCCUCACCUGCCUGGAAACCCGGGCUAAGCCCAGCCCCCAGAACCCUAGCCAAGGCCAUGGCGAUUUCGUGGAUCAGGGUCGGGAGCAAAGCCAGGGCUGGCAGAGCUUUAUGGACUCGGUGAGGUGUAGACUGAACGUUAACCAGGUAGUGCGACAGGUGCGUCGGGAUGCCACAUUGACCUUUGACUUCGUAGUGCUGUUGAUGGCAGCCGCCCUGCUCUCCUGCGUCGGUCUCGUCGAGAAUAGCUUCCUGUUCCUCUCCAGCUCCAUGCUGAUCUCCCCGCUAAUGGGUCCCAUUAUUGCGGCCAUAUUUGGUUCGGUGAUUGGCGACCGGGAGCUACGGUGGUUGGGCCUGAAGAACGAACUCGUGGGCAUAGCCGUGUCCGUUGCCAUAGGAUUCUUUUUCGGGGCCAUAGUCUGUGGCUUCGGCCAUUUCUUCGCCAUUUCCACGGGUCUUACGGAGGAGAUCGUCUCCCGAUGUGACACACACUCCCUGGCCAUCGGAGUUUGCACUGCCCUGGCUUCGGGGGCGGCAGGAGCCAUUGCGGUUUUGGGAGGCAAUACGGGGUCCCUAGUGGGCGUGGCCAUCUCGGCUUCCCUACUGCCGCCUGCUGUGAACGCCGGACUGCUCUGGGCCCUGGCCAUUGGAUCCCAUUUACUGCCAGCCGAUCACGAGCUCCUGGUAAGUCUGAUGAAGCACAGGUCGUACUCCCCGCAACUUUCCGUGGAACUGUUGAUUUACGCAACUGUCAGCAUGGCCUUGACUCUCAUAAAUAUAAUGUGCGUCUGGCUAAUGGGCGUGGUGGUCCUAAGGAUUAAGGAGGUGGCUCCGGCAGUUCAACGGCAUCAGCAGUUUUGGCGCCACGACGUACGCACUGCCCGCGAGGUGGGGCUCCUAGAUCCUGCGCUGCAGAGCGCAAUAGAUCGCCUGGACGAGUCGCAACUGGAUGUUGAGGCUCCGCACUACCAGCGAACUUGGUCGCCGGGAAUGGAUUGCCACGCCGUCUUGCACCCUGGAACUGGGGGCUCUGACAUGGCCCUGGCAAGCCUCAAGGAUCAGCCGGAUAACUAUCACACGGUGCACGGAUUCCAUGAGUUCUGCAUCACACUGCACCGACUAAGGUCGGAGCCCAAGGGAGCCCAGCCGCCGAGUGUGAUGGAGCUGUUUGCCCGGCCGGAGCCGAGUUCCGCCCAGACCACCACGAACACCGGGGGCAGCCGUUUCAGCAGCUGUCGAAGUCUUCCGGACAUCAGCAGCCAUUUUCGACUCUGUCCCCACGGACUAUCCAGUGGCAUCAGUAUCCAAAGUCUGUGUUUUAGUCCCAACAGGGACGGAAGUUCUGGACCCAUGGCACCUACGGCAUCGAGUGCGGGAAGGGACGCCGGGAAGCGGAAUGUCCACUGGCAGGAGGAGCAACGGGAAAGGGCUCUGGGCAGAAUCACAGAGAGGGACCUCAUCCUGAGAAAAGAGAUCCUAAGCAGUAGGGAAAGCAGUCCACUUAAAAGAACAGGUCAGGUUCUAAUACCCCUGCCCAGCCUACAGCCCACGGUCCCGGCUGAUCGACCCCUACAGCUGCUUCCCUACGGCAGGCCAAAGGUCGCGACCCACGAGGAGGAGCAGAACGAGUUCCAGGCUUAGCUCACUAAGCCACCCCCUAAAUUCGACCACCAUCAGCCACCAACCCCCAUCAAAAGUAGCGCAAACAUCCAGGGUGAAGGCUCGGGCUUCGUGUCCAGCUUUGAUUACUUUCCAAUCCGGCGGCAAUGUAAUUGUUUGCCAACCACUCCAAGCCGCGAGCACUAGCGGUUGUAUAAAAUGAAAAAGUAUAUAAGUACAUUUACUCGUAUAAGCUACAUAAAGAACUAGUAAAAAUUAAGAUAAGAUAAAAAUUAAUAAAAAGCAAAU